AAACAGUUGACCAUUAAACCUGAGAAUGAUUAUUGACUACAGCUUAGCAACAAUGCUUGUUCUAGUCCUUCUCCAAAUCGUGGCAUUAGCUGUCAGUGUAGACAUAAUCGAGGACGCUGAAGAAAGUAGGUGUAGCUGCGGAGAAGACGCGCAUCUACGGUGUAAAGCUUUCAGUGAAAGUGGAGUCCAGUAUAGAGCAGUCAGGUGGUAUAAGAUCAACAACGAUCCCUAUCAAUUGAGUGGCCUCCUCACAAGAAAUCUUACUCCACCUAACAAAACAAGGAUGUAUGCAGGUCUGGAGCGAGAAGUGGAUCUUCUAAAUAAUUCAGUGGAUAUUAUCCUUCCUAAUGUGACAGCCAAGGACAGUGGGAGCUACCUUUGCCUGCUAGCUGCACCAGUUGGAAAUCAGAACCAGGAGGGGCAGAUUCGUCUCAAAGUUUCAGGAUGCCCUUACAUUAAGUCAGACCACUUAAAAGAGACUGACGUCUACCUCGUUUAUGCUAUUUUAUUGCUUGUGGCAGCACUUCUGAUAUACAUCAUCAGCUAUGCCUGCCUAAAACAUACAUUAAUGCAGAGAAACAAGAGGAACCCCCAAGAAGUACUUCUGGAUAAGCCCCUGGAGAAAAAGGAUUUAAUGUUGAUCUAUACUUUGGGUCCUAAUUGGUCAAGACAGGGUUCCAUGAAACAUGUGUGCGUGUGAGACCUUUCCUUGCAUGAUGGACAAGUCUAAGGACAGACAUGGCAGAGGCAUGAUCAGGCUGUUUCAGCCACUGUUACAGUGGCUGAACUAACAGCCACUGUCAUAGUGUAACUAUGACUCCUCAGUACAUCGCCCUCCGUGAGUGACUCAAGCUAGGAGCAGGACUUUGUAAAUGAUUCUUUGGUUGAUUUGAAGCCAGUGGAGGGAGUAGAGGACUGUGGUGAUGUGUUCCGAUUUCCAUGUCCGGGUGAAAACCCGGGCAGCACUGUUCUGAACAUACUGCAGGUAAAUAAUACUACUUCCAAAGGACGUCCUCCCACUAAUCAAAGCUUCUGCAGUAUGAACUGACAUACUGAGCAUUAUUGAGGGUGAAAGACUUCAGCGAAAAUGUGUGACGUUUGUUGUUUACUAAAGAUGUAUUGUGGGACAUGAAAGGUCACUCUGCACUCUGAAUACUCUAUAAAAUGAAUGAUGGCAUAUCAA